AUGUCCAAACUCUCCGCUGCUAUCUCCAAGCUCUCCCUCUCCACCAUAGCCACCACUCUGCUCCUCCUUACCCCCCCAACCACCGCCUACUUCUACAAAUAUCCCGCCCUCUUCGUCUACAAAGACACCAACUGCACCGAUAUCUCCUUCUCACUUGUCUACCCCUCCCUGGGUAACUGCAACGGCGGAUACUACGACUACGCGGGCUCAUUCCAGAUGUUCAAUAUCGAUGCUGCGUAUACCUGUAAUGGCAGUGACUCGACACUGAUGUUUGAGAUGUAUAAUAGCUCCGGCUCGGAUUGUGGAGAUGAGAGUGAUUUGUUGUUUAGACAGCCGGUGACGGAGGAGUGUACUGUUGCGGAUGUGGAGAGUCCGGGGCCGUUGGAGAUGCCGGUUUGGUUUGAGUUGGGGUCACUAUUGGGGAAUUGUGGUGGGAUGGCUGGUACUAUGUUGUUCGGUGUGGGGAUUCUUGAGGGUGGGUUAGAGACUAAAUUAUACUGGAAAUGUUAUUCAUCAAGGCUGAAUACAAGUGUAACCGUGCACAGAUUAUCUUUGAUACUGUCUAUGGGCUGUACGAGCGUCUCUGACUCCUACAAUGAGUUAGCGGCUGCACAUUACUAUGAGGACCUGUGA